UCUGUGUGGAAAUCAAAUUUCAUAAAAUUCAAUCACUGUUCUUCAAAAUUCCAUUAUUUAUAGCCAGGCACCAAUCGUAGAAGUGAUUUUUGUACCUUUGUGGUGUAACCGGCCGCAAAAUUAGGAUGCGUAAAACAUGGGUCAAACGGGACAACAUCUACUACAAACCCUUCUACAAGCAAAAGCUAAAGAUGACCUUGCUCGGAGUGCUACUGAUGGCCAUCGUCUUUUUCGGAUACCAAAUCUUCUACAUCAGUCAGUUGCAAACGGAUUCGGGGACGGGUGUACUCAUCCGGGGUGAAGCCGCUCAACACCAGGCUAAUAAUAAUCAUCGUGUUAAUUCGAUAGGAAACGAAGCGGAAUCGAAUGAUGCUGGCAACAACGUCAGGGACGAAGGCGGAGGAGAAGCGUUUGGUGUCAAUGUUAGCAACAGCAUAAAUGGGUUCAACGGUCCUUCCGAUGAUAGUCGGUACGUGUAUGUCGAGAAGGUUGGCAACUACGAGAAGAGGAUACUGAGAGGCAUCCGAUUGCGUGACAUCGACGCAUAUUCGGAACGGUCCCGCAGUAUGUUCCGUUGCUUGCACGGAAAAGAGGAAAUUAGUUGGAGCAGGGUGAACGAUGAUUAUUGCGACUGUCCCGAGGAUGGGAGCGAUGAGCCUGGCACUAAUGCUUGCGAAAAGGGUCGAUUUUAUUGUCGCUUCCAGAAGCGCCAUCAAACCGGUCGUGGAGGUUACGCAUCGGUUCCUAGCUCGUGGGUCAACGAUGGCGUUUGCGACUGCUGUGAUGGUUCCGACGAGUGGCUUCGAGGCGGCUUACAUUGUCGGAAUGCUUGCAAGGAAAAAUAUUCCUAUUAGGUUACACUAAACGAAACUGAUGAUAUUUCUAGCGCCACUCUUCUGAAUCAAAAA